AUGGACGGACACUCGUGGCUGCGCGCCCGGCAACUCGACCUGCCGCACCUCAGUAGACGAGCAGAGUGCAAGAGCGACGCCCUCGAGCACGAGACGAUUAGCGAGAAGCCGCUGUGGAAGGCGCUCACGUUCCACCACUUCGGCCUCAUCAUCUCCGCCACCUUCGGCGCAAUCGCAGUCGUCAUUGCCUUCUUCCUCAUCCUACGGCAUGCAACGCACUACUUGAAGCCGUACGAGCAGAAGCACAUCAUCCGCAUCCUCGUCAUGAUCCCCGUCUACGCCGUCGUCUCGUUCCUCAGCUACCUCUACUACAAGAAAGCCAUCUACUUUGAGGUCCUGCGCGACUGCUACGAAGCCUUUGCCAUUGCCAGCUUCUUCACCCUCAUGUGCCACUACAUCGCCCCGAACCUGCACGACCAGAAAGAGUACUUCAGGAACGUCCAGCCCAGGAACUGGGUCUGGCCAAUCACCUGGAUGCAAAAGUGCUCGGGCGGAGAGGACAAGGGCUGGCUGAGGCGGCCGAGGAGCGGGCUGACGUGGUUCAAUGUGGUGUGGAUCAGCAUCUUCCAGUACUGCUUCAUCCGCCCUUUCUUCACCGUCGUCGCCGUCGUCGCACAGACCCAGGGCCGCUACUGCUCGAGCUCCAAGGACCCCCGCUAUGCCUACAUCUGGGUGGCUGGCUUCGAGGCCGUCUCCGUCACCAUCGCCAUGUACUGCGUCGUGCAGUUCUACAUUCAGCUGAAAGACGACCUGGCCGCCCACCGUCCCUUCCUCAAGGUGCUGUGCAUCAAGCUCGUCAUCUUCUUCUGCUUCUGGCAGAGCUGGAUCAUCUCGCUCCUGACCGCGGAUAACGGGCCGCUGAAGGCCACGGAGCACAUCGCCGGACCUGACCUGCGCAUCGGCAUCCCGUCCAUGCUGACCUGCGUUGAGAUGGCCAUCUUCGCCGUGCUCCAUCUCUUCGCCUUCCCCUGGAAGCCCUACGAUCUCCGCCGCCAGAGCCCGCUGGACACAGGCAUUGAUGGGUACUCGGCACAGCCAACGAAAUACGCAAACGGACCCGCACGCGCCCUGCUGGAUGCGCUGAACCCCUGGGAUAUCAUCAAGGCCUGCGGCCGCGGCUUCCGCUGGCUCUUCCACGGCGCGCGACACCGCGAGAACGACCCCUCGUACCAGACCAAGCUCGGGCCGGUCGCCACAAACACGAGCUACACCGGCCCCACGUUUGCAGGCAACGGCGAGCCUGUCAACGCACCCAAGAAGAGCGAAGGGUCUGGCGACUCAGACACUACAGGCCUCCUGAGUGACACGCAAGCUAACCCGUAUCUGCAUCAGGGCUCAAGCUCGUACGACAGCGCGUACGGACCCGGGGCAGCUACCGUCGGAAGUCUGCCCAAUCCAGACCGCCUUCCGCAAGCGCCGACCCCAGGACAGGAAUACGGCGUAGUCUCGCAGGCACACGGUGACGGCAGGUUCCAGGACUUUGAGCAGCAGGACACCACCUACCACGCCGGCGCAGAGAGCAGCUACUACGGGCGACCACGAUACUACCAGGAGGAGGGCCCUGCACGGCCGGGCACCGAGUGGGACAUGUUUGCGGGCGCGACAAAACCCGCUCAGCGCUCUGGCAAUCAGUCUUCGGGGUGGAUAUAG